AUGGCCAUCAUUACGUGGGGAACCAUAAAGUCCCUUUCGCUGUUCUUCGGGCCCAUAUUCCUUCCAAAAGCAAUAGGUUACUACCGGUCCCAACGCGCAGCUGCGAAUAUACCUGGGGUAUCGGUCCGCCCUGUUCCCACGAACGUCUCGCGAGCACUCCUUAUACUCUUCGUGGCCGCCUCUGUGUUUUUAAUACGGACGCUUCCACCAUUCUCUCCAGAGAACAUCUUCAGUCUUACCUCCUCACGUCUUCAAAUUCCGGUCGAUGUUCUCUUCACUCGUCUCAACACCCUUCGUCCCAAGGGUCUCACACCUAGCGACAAUAUCCUCCGAACCAAGAUCAUAUCCUUAGAAUCGAGAUUGCUAUUCUUCCAAUACGGCCCUGAAGUCUUGACAGACUGCCCCUUCUGCUCUGCCGAUGACCCAAAGAGUUACCUUUACUACUUCCUUCCCGCCCUUCUGGCCCCCCACAUCCUGAACCUCCUAAUAAUUGGCGGCGUAACCAGCGGUCUUGCGAUUGGGAAAGAAGGGGCGGUAUGGCGAAGGACCGGCACUCUUGCAGCGGGUAUGGCGAUGGGCCUUGACCUCUGGGUCACCGCAACCUACAACCAUCAGGACAACGCCCGAGUUACAAGACUUGAAGAGAUUGAUACGUUUUUCUGGAAGAUGCGUGUAUACCGCUAUCUCGUUCUCGCAGUCAUAGACGGCUUAUUAGGUUGGAUGAUGUAUCUCUCCUCUACGAACCGAGCGUUUAUCACGGCGCCUGCAGCUGCUGAACGGAUUGAAUUCUCUACACGCGUUCUUGAUAAUGUCAGGACCAAGAUGUCGGCUGUCGGAAUAAUAAGGAAUACUGUUGCUAGAGAUGAACCACUGCGAGAGAAAACGAGGCAAUACUGGAUCCAGGAGGGACAGCUGAUGGGCACCUUGAUGGAAGAGAGAGAGGUAUUAGACAGUGUUAGUAGUGCGUUGGAGAAUCGAAUUAAUAUUGGGAACAUUGAGAGGGAUGCAGAGACGUAUGCCAGCAAUGUCUUUGGUCCUCUCCAGAACGGGGCCUGA